CUUCUACGUAGUUAGAUGGCAGAUCGACAGGAAGAUAUUUGCGGAUUCCAGACAAUCUUGUAACAGUCGGCGAAUGCGUUGUCCAUUUUCAUCGAAGCAUAGGGCUACGUCGUUUUCGUGUAUAGGAAAUGUUCAAUUUCUUAUGCAUUGCUGUGAACAUUUAUUUUCCAUAAAAAGGAUUUAAUUGUUAAUCAAAUAUUUACGACAUGAUCCUAUGUUUGCAGUUCGAUAUGCGCUAAAUCGUCCAGAAUAACAUCAAAAUGCCACGUAUAGAUCCACUGUCUUUACUGAAAUGUCUUAGUGUUUUGUUGGGGCCAACUGGAGGUAUUAAGAGUAAAGAAGAAGUUCAUCGGUUAGCUAAUUUAAUGACGAAGUUCUCAAAAAAACUUGUUUCAAAAUGCAUUUACAUUCAGAUAUUAAAGACCACAAACACGGAUUUACUUAGCCAGUUUAUGGGAGCUGGAGGAUGGAAUCUCAUUCACAUGUGGCUAACUGAUGGUAUUCUUUUAAAAAAUUGGGCUCUCAUUCAAGAAUUAUUAGAACUUCUGCUGUUAUGUCCAGUCGAUAUUGAAAGAUUAAAAAGCAACAAUUGUCCAAAAUUAAUAAAGGGCCUGUCUAAAGAGGGUAGUCAUCAAGGAGUCAGAGUGUUGGCAAGCCAAUUGGUAGAACAAUGGCUGAAAAUAGUGAAAGGAGAAGCAGCACCAAACUCUGUGCCAGCACAAAUUGUAGCUGUCUCGGCGCAGGAUACUGGAGCUCUAGGGCAAAAUAUUGUAUCCCAAACAACGCAACAGCAACAGUAUUCGAUUCACUGUGGUAUUCAACAAGUUUCUGAGGGCAUAGAAAGUGCAACUGUGCAUGUGCAGGAUCUACAAUUCACUCCGAAUUCCACAUCACCUAUUGCAGUAUCUCACAUUCAGCAACAAUUGCAACAGGCGCAAGAACAACAGCAACAGCAGUCUCAAGAAAGGACAACUAUACAACCCUUGCAACUGCAAGUUGUGAGCAAACCUCAACAGGUGCAAAUACAACAACAACUGUCGUCGCAGCAAUCGAAAAAGCCAGCUUUUGUCGUGGUAUCUACAUCUUCGCAAUCUCCGAUUCCUGUGUAUAAAAUCACAAUUCGCGAAGGUAAACAGAUUCUCACAAAAGUGGAGACUGAUACUGCGAAUAUUAAUAGUGUUCUAAAUACAAAUAGUACAAAGGUAGAAAUUAAUGGAGGCAUUGUGGACAAUACACUUCCUGUGAAGGAAAUUUCAGAGGAAGCGGAGUUUAUGGAACUCAGUGAUGGUGUAGUCAGUGGUCAGGACUUUAAAGCGGACGUUGCGCAAUCCGAAAAAUUCGACCAAGUUUCGAGUGAAGUGAAACAAACUUUAGUAGAUUCCAUAGACAUUACCGAUGUGGAAGUUGUUAAAAAUAAAGAAAAUAAAGACUCUAAAGACACUGUUAGUAGUGAAAUUAGUAAAUCUAGUAAUAAAGAAAAUCGGGACUCUUCGAAAAGAGAUGAGAAAAAAUCUAGUAGUUCAGAUAAGAAAAGUCAUCAUAGUUCUUCUUCAUCUUCCAAAAGUUCUUCUAAACAUACCUCAAGUUCCAGUUCGCAUCGUUCUAGUUCCACAUCAAAAUCUAGUAGUCAUCGAUCUAGUAGUAGUAGUAGUAGUAGUUCGAAAAGCUCCAGUUCCAAGGAUAAGUCUUCCAAGGACAGGGAUAAGCAUCAUUCAUCUGGUUCAUCCAGUAAACAUAGUAGUUCCAGUAAAAGUAAAUCUGAUAAAGAAAGAGAGAAAGAGAAACAGAAGAAGGAUCAAGCAGAGAAAGAUAAAGCAACAUUAGAAAAAGUACAAGGGCAGGCAUUGAGUUCUAAGUUAGGAAAAAUACCGAAAAAGAAGUCCGAAGAAGAGAAACCAGGGGAUGCAGCUGUAAGAAAGUCAUCUACAGACUCUAGGGACAGCUCUAAAGAAAAUAAGACUGAUUCGAAGAAAGUUGUUGCAAUGCCAGAGAAAAAAAAUAUUUCCAUUUCUAUCGAGAGUAGAAAAAAUUCUCAGGACUCUACAACACGGCCAAAGACUGUGAAAACGUUUAACUCUAAAUUCAGGUCAACUGGCUUAGAGGAGGAAGUAAAACCACCACCUCCAAGAUCGGCAAAAAAACCGAACCCUAUCAUUGAGAAAAAAGUCAUACCACAGAAGUUACCUGUCCUGAAGAGGCCUUCCCCGCUUAGAGAAGCUAUUCCAACGGCGGAUAAACGGGCAAAAUUGUCUCUGGACUCUCCAACCACACCUCCAAGCGAAGAAAAGAAGGGAGGCAUUAAGUUGAUACCACCAAAACCAAAACCAAUGGUUCUGCAAGAAAGCGAUAUGUUUAUGGAUGCUUUAACGGCGUCGACGAAGAGCAAAGAACCGCGGAAGAGGAAACGGAGAACGUCUAUCACAAAAGACGGUCCUUCGGAACCGAAGAAACAGGAAACUGCCGCGAACGAUAAUCGGGAUGUUACGCCUCCACCCACCUCACCACCAAGUGCCGAUGAAAAAUCACCUGUAGUUGUCAAACCUAACUUUAAGUUUUAUCAAGAUACUCUGGAAACAGACGAAGAUAAGGAGCAAAAAGAGAAGGAGAAUUCGGACGAUGAUGUUAAAAAAGAUAAAGAGGAGGCGGAUGACCAGAAAGAGAAUAGAAUAUUCAAGCCGGAUGUUGAUGAUGAUGCCGGAAGUAAUACACCGACACCUGAUGAUGAUGUGGAGGAGAAGGCCGAUUCGCCGGAUGAUUCCUCUGUAUCGGAUUCGACAAAGAAGGAGAACACUGGCUCCUAUCCAGAAAUUCGUUACGUUGAUGGAUUGAGAAGUGUUUUAUUGCUUCAGAAACGUAAAGGACCGAAGAAAGUAUUGAAAUGGAAAACAGAUAUAGAGUCGGUGCGAUACUUCGAAUUGGACGAAACUGAAAGGGUGAAUGUUACAAAAACGUUCACUGAUAUGAAGCAAAUGGAAAAACAGAACGAGAGAGAAGCAUUCCAGAUGGCUAGAAAAUUAAGUACUGAAGACUUAAUGGAAGAGAGGACGAGAUGGAAACCUUUAAUUCCAAUCGAUCUACCUCCAGCUUUAGUAGAAUCUGGAAAAGAUAGUAGAGAGAAAGACAUUCAGUAUGCUAGGGAGAAAGGCAUUUUGCAGGCGUUGUACUUUAACCGAAGCAUGAUUCCAGAUUCCGCAGCGGAACCCGACGAAGAACGCCAUCAUAUAUAUAGUGAUCCUAAAAUCAUUCCUUUAGACGAUCUCACCGGAAACAAGGAAAGCGAGAAAGACUUCACUUCCAUGGCUUGGCCAGAGCCAAAGCCUCAGCUGCAACCUCAAACACCGCCCGUUUCCAAUUUCCAUUAUCCAUCGUUCCCCCAUAAUCAACAGCCAGUGAUGACGCCUAUGGGUCCUCAGACUUCUAUGGGUCCGAUACCUCAGAUGCCUCCGCAAAUGAUGGGACCUUCUCACAUGGGUCCGAUAGGGCCUGAAAUGGGAGGACCAAUGCCUGCUGCAGGAGGAGGAUGGAGAACGGGCGAUGGAAAAGUUGUUGUACCUGAUGGAAUGGGAAUGAAUCCCAUGGGAAAUAUGCCUAACGCGUUCCCGCCAGGUAUGGAGGGUGGUCCAAUGGUACCGCCUGGAAUGAUGGGACCGCCGCCUAUGUACAAUCAACAACAGGAAGGGUACGGAAUGAUGGGGCCAGAAGAUAUGGGCUUCAAUAACAUGAACCCAAAUAAUUUCCAAGGUCCGCCUGGUCCUAUGUACGGCCCAGGACCGAACUUUCAAGGACCUAGAGGUGGUGGUCCAAUGCACGGCAGAGGUAGAGGUGUACCUGGACCUGGCUGGUACCGAGGCGGUGGGGGACCACCUGGAAGAGGGGGAUGGAGGGGGGGUGGUGGUUGGAGAGGGAGUGGAAAGCAACCGCCAGUGUGUAGACAGUUUUCAAAGAAUGGCUACUGCCGUGUCGGUGAUAAGUGUCAGUACCUUCAUCCUGGUGUAAACUGUCCGCCAUUUUGAAAGAUGCUCCGGGUAACCGAGGAGUCGUUGGCAUUUUCGUAGUAAUGUGAUACAACAUUCGUUCUGUGCGAUCGAAUUUUCGGGAACGGACGAUCAUAUAGGAGGAACUAUUCACCUUAGUUGAUCGAAGUACAUGUCACACGCGAUAAUCAAUGAUAAUGUGCAAUUUUCUAUUAACAAUACUAAUAACGAAGCGCAUGAUGUAAUAUUUGUACAGUUCUAUUUUCAAGGGAUUCGAAUGAUAUUGAAUAAUUCUUGAUUUCUUUGCAUUGUGUCACGCAGAAUAUGAGAAUUAAAUACAGCAUGAGAACCUUAUUCUUUCGUCAGUGAUAUUUAGCAGAAUUUCAUGGUCGAAAGCUGCUUUAAAUUUGAAAUGACAAUGAACGAAAAACAACAGGUUCAUCGGCUGCUGGAC